GGAAGGACUUGACUGAGUGGCAGUGUCGGGGUGGUGGCUGGGAAAGGGGCAGCUCCGGACUUCAGGGCCACCUUACAAGGGGGCGGAUCCGAGGGGGUUGGCCGAAGUUGUGGGCGGGGCGGGAGGCUCUAGUACCCGAGAUUCCUCUAGGCACGGGAAGUCGCGACCAGAGCCACUGGAGGGCGCGGGAACUGCAACCCCUAAUCAGAGCCCAAAUGGCACAGUGGGAGAUGCUGCAGAAUCUUGACAGCCCCUUUCAGGACCAGCUGCACCAGCUUUACUCACACAGCCUCCUGCCUGUGGACAUUCGACAGUACUUGGCUGUCUGGAUUGAAGACCAGAAUUGGCAGGAAGCUGUACUGGGGAAUGAUGAGUCCAAGGCUACCAUGCUAUUCUUCCACUUCUUGGAUCAGCUGAACUAUGAGUGUGGCCGCUGCAGCCAGGACCCAGAGUCCUUGUUGCUACAGCACAAUUUACGGAAAUUCUGCCGGGACAUUCAGGCCUUUUCCCAGGGCCCUACCCAGCUGGCUGAGAUGAUCUUUAACCUCCUUCUGGAAGAAAAAAGAAUUCUGAACCAGGCUCAGAGGGCUCAACUGGAGCAAGGACAACCAGUUCUUGAAACACCUGUGGAGAGCCAGCAACAUGCGAUUGAAUCCCGGAUCCUGGAUUUAAAGGCUAUGAUGGAGAAGCUGGUAAAAUCCAUCAGCCAACUGAAAGACCAACAGGAUGUCUUCUGCUUCCGAUAUAAGAUCCAGGCCAAAGGGAAGACAUCCUCUCUGGGCCCCCAUCAGAUCAAAGAGCAGAAGAUUCUGCAGGAAACUCUCAAUGAACUGGACAAAAAGAGAAAGGAGGUGCUGGAUGCCUCCAAAGCACUGCUAGGCCGAUUAACUACCCUAAUCGAGCUACUGCUGCCAAAGUUGGAGGAGUGGAAAGCCCAGCAGCAAAAAGCCUGCAUUGGAGCUCCUGUUGACCAUGGAUUGGCACAGCUGGAGAAAUGGUUCACAGCUGGAGCAAAGCUCUUGUUUCACCUGAGGCAGCUGCUGAAGGAGCUGAAGGGACUGAGUUGCCUGGUUAGCUAUCAGGAUGACCCUCUGACCGAAGGUGUGGACCUACGCAACGCCCAGGUCACAGAGUUGCUGCAGCGUCUGCUCCACAGAGCCUUUGUGGUAGAAACCCAGCCCUGCAUGCCCCAAACUCCCCAUCGACCCCUCAUCCUCAAGACUGGGAGCAAGUUCACUGUCCGAACAAGGCUGCUGGUGAGACUCCAGGAAGGCAAUGAGUCACUGACUGUGGAAGUUUCCAUUGACAGAAAUCCUCAAUUACAAGGCUUCCGGAAGUUCAACAUUCUGACUUCAAACCAGAAAACUUUGACCCCCGAGAAGGGGCAGAGUCAGGGUUUGAUUUGGGACUUUGGUUAUCUGACUCUGGUGGAGCAACGUUCAGGUGGUUCAGGAAAGGGCAGCACUAAGGGGCCACUAAGUGUGACAGAGGAACUGCACAUCAUCAGCUUCACAGUCCAAUACACCUACCAGGGUCUGAAACAGGAGCUGAAAACGGACACCCUCCCUGUGGUGAUUAUUUCCAACAUGAACCAACUCUCAAUUGCCUGGGCUUCAGUUCUCUGGUUCAAUUUGCUCAGCCCAAACCUUGAGAACCAGCAGUUCUUCUCCAGCCCCCCCAAGGCCCCCUGGAGCCUGCUGGGCCCUGCUCUCAGUUGGCAGUUCUCCUCGUAUGUUGGCCGAGGCCUCAACUCAGACCAGCUGAGCAUGCUGAAAAACAAGCUGUUUGGGCAGAACUGCAAGACGGAGGAUGCAUUGCUGUCCUGGGCUGACUUCACUAAGCGAGAGAGUCCUCCAGGCAAGCUACCAUUCUGGACAUGGCUGGACAAAAUUCUGGAGUUGGUACAUGACCACCUGAAGGAUCUCUGGAAUGAUGGACUGAUCAUGGGCUUUGUGAGUCGGAGCCAGGAGCGCCGGCUGCUGAAGAAGACCAUCUCUGGCACCUUUCUACUGCGCUUCAGUGAAUCGUCAGAAGGGGGCAUUACCUGCUCCUGGGUGGAGCACCAAGACGAUGACAAGGUGCUCAUCUACUCUGUGCAACCCUACACCAAGGAGGUGCUGCAGUCACUCCCGCUGACUGAAAUCAUCCGCCAUUACCAGUUGCUCACGGAAGAAAACAUACCUGAGAACCCACUGCGCUUCCUCUAUCCCCGAAUCCCCCGGGACGAAGCUUUUGGGUGCUACUACCAGGAGAAAGUUAAUCUCCAGGAACGGAGAAAAUACCUGAAACACAGGCUCAUUGUGGUCUCUAAUAGACAGGUAGAUGAACUGCAACAACCGCUGGAGCUUAAGCCAGAGCCAGAGCCAGAGCUGGAGUGGUUAAAGCCAGAGCCAGAGCUGGAGUCGUUAAAGCCGGAGCCAGGCCUGGUGCCAGAGCUCGACCUGGACUUAGAGUCACUGCUGAAGGCAGGGCUGGAUCUGGGCCCAGCACUAGAGUCUGUGCUGGAGUCCACUCUGGACCCUGUAAUGGAGCCCACACUAUGCACGGUAUCACAAACAGUACCACAGCCAGACCAAGGACCUGUAUCACAGCCAGUGCCAGAACCAGAUUUGCCCUGUGAUCUGAGACAUUUGAACACUGAACCAAUGGAAAUCUUCAGAAACUGUAUAAAGAUUGAAGAAAUCAUGCCGAAUGGUGACCCACUGUUGGCCGGCCAGAACACCAUGGAUGAGGCUUUCGUCUCCCGCCCCAGCCACUUCUACACUGAUGGAUCCUUGAUGCCUUCUGACUUCUAGGAAUCACAUUUCCUCUGUUCUUUUUGUAUCUCUUGCCCUUCCUACUCCUGAUACCAUGAUGUUGCUCUCCAAGGAUGUGAAUCAGGCAUGUGCCCCUUUCUAAGCUGGGUUAGCUGUUCAAA